AUGGCGGACGCAUUCGCUAUGAAGAGCGGAGGCAAGUUCACCUCGGAAAUCCAUCACUCUAGAUCCUCCUCAGAGCAAAAUGGCGAAAAGUCAGUCAACAGAGAUGAGCAGGAAAUGGCCAGGUUAGGAAAGCGUCAGGAGCUGAGGCGGAACUUUGGCUUCAUGAGCAUGCUCGGUUUUUCCUGCACCCUGAUGAUCACCUGGGAGGGUCUGUUGACGGUCUUCGUGUAUGGAUUGACAGACGGGGGACCCGCCGGCCUGGUAUACGGGUAUCUCUUCUGUUGGGUGGGAUACUUCACGGUCGUUGCUUCCCUUGCUGAGAUGGUCUCAAUGGCACCGACUGCCGGAGGGCAAUAUCACUGGACGUUUCUUUUCGCCCCAAAGUCUUGUCGCAACUUCCUUUCCUUCAUUACAGGCUGGCAGUCCGUUCUCUCGUGGCAAGCUUGUCUCGCGUCGGCGGCCUACCUCGGCGGCACAAUCAUCCAGGGCCUCCUCGUUCUGAAUUAUCCCAGCUAUGAUUUCCACAGAUGGCACGGGACACUCCUCCUGUAUGCAGUCAUCUUCGUGGCCAUGCUCUUCAAUACGUACCUCGCGAAACAGCUCCCGAAGGUCGAGGGGGCGGUUCUCAUCGUCCACAUCGUCGGCUUCUUUGGGGUGUUGAUCACACUGGUGUACUUGGCACCACAUGGCACCGCGCACGACGUCUUUGUGCAAUACCUGGCCAAUGGAGGGUAUGACAAGGGAACCUCGUUCUUCGUGGGACUCAUCACCACCGUUUUCGCCUUUAUCGGGGCCGACGGUGCCAUUCACAUGAGCGAGGAAAUCAUAAACGCCUCAACGGUGGUGCCUCAAUCGUUGGUGGCCUCCAUCGGUCUCAACGGUCUGAUGGGUUUCGCCAUGCUGAUCGCAAUCCUGUUCUGCAUCGGCGACAUCGACAAUGCGCUUUCAACGCCGACAGGCUUUCCCUUCAUCGAAAUCUUCAAGCAGGCCGUCAAUUCAAAUGGUGGAGCGACUGCCAUGAGUGCUAUCGUCCUCUCGUUGAUGAUCUUUGCCACCAUUGCAGUUCUGGCUGCGGCGUCCAGAAUGAUGUGGGCUUUUGCUCGUGACAACGGGCUUCCCGGAUCUCGAUUCAUCUCUCAGAUCGAGCCCCGGACCAAACUCCCCUUGUACUCGGUCGGACUCUCUGUUCUGAUUACCCUGUUGCUGGGAUUGAUCAACAUUGGAUCAUCAGCAGCUUUCAAUGCCGUCGCUUCGUUAGUCGUGUCUGGCUAUCUCGGCAGCUACACCAUACCGAUCAUCCUCAUCCUGCACAAGAAGAUAUAUAACCCUUCGUCCAUACACUAUGGGCCUUGGACGUUGGGACGCAGAUUCGGCAUCUUUUGCAACGUUUUUGGCCUUUUGUGGAUUGCCAUUGUCAUGACCUUCAGCUUCUUUCCGUCUGUACGGACCGAUUUGACACUCCAAACCAUGAAUUGGUCUUGCUUGUUGUGGGGCGGGACCAUGAUCAUUGGCGUAGCCAGCUAUUUCGGCUACCUCCGGGGCAGAUACAACGGCCCCAUUGUCGAGACGGACAUUAUCGAACAGGUGGCCCACGGGGUGUGA